CUCUGCUAUCGGAAGACAGCUGAUUGGAGGCCGCAUAGUUUAUAAACAAUUUUUAUUCGCAAAUUUAAGCGAAAUGGACUACGACUUUAAAAUGAAAACGCAAAUGGAGCGCACCAAGGUGGAGGAUCUGUUCAAUUACGAGGGCUGCAAGGUGGGCCGCGGCACCUACGGCCACGUGUACAAGGCCAAGUGGAAGGAGACGAGCGAUGGCAAGGAGUACGCACUCAAACAGAUCGACGGCACGGGCUUGUCCAUGUCCGCCUGCAGAGAGAUUGCGCUGCUGCGAGAGCUGAAGCACCAGAAUGUGAUUACCCUCAUUCGGGUAUUCCUCUCGCACAACGACCGCAAGGUGUUCCUGCUCAUCGACUACGCCGAGCACGAUCUGUGGCACAUCAUCAAGUUCCAUCGUGCCGCAAAGGCCACCAAAAAGCAGGUGGUGGUGCCCCGGGGAAUGGUCAAGAGUCUGCUGUACCAGAUCCUCGAUGGCAUCCACUACCUGCACAGCAACUGGGUGCUGCAUCGUGAUCUGAAGCCAGCCAACAUACUGGUCAUGGGCGACGGCAAUGAGCGGGGCCGCGUCAAGAUAGCCGACAUGGGCUUUGCGCGACUUUUCAAUGCGCCGCUGAAGCCGCUGGCCGACCUGGAUCCCGUUGUGGUCACAUUUUGGUAUCGCGCGCCUGAGCUGCUGCUGGGUGCGCGCCACUACACCAAGGCCAUAGACAUCUGGGCCAUUGGCUGCAUCUUCGCGGAGCUGCUGACAUCCGAGCCGAUCUUCCACUGCCGCCAGGAGGACAUAAAGACGAGCAAUCCGUAUCACCACGAUCAGCUGGAUCGCAUAUUCAAUGUGAUGGGCUUUCCGCAGGACAAGGACUGGGAGGACAUCAAGAAGAUGCCCGAACAUCACACACUCACCAAGGACUUUAAGCGCUCCACCUACUCGACCUGUUCGCUGGCCAAGUACAUGGAGCGGCACAAGAUUAAGCCCGACAGCAAGGCAUUCCAUUUGCUGCAGAAGCUGCUGCUGAUGGAUCCCAACAAGCGCAUCACCUCCGAGCAGGCUAUGCAGGAUCAGUAUUUCCAGGAGGAGCCACUGCCGACGCAGGACGUCUUUGCGGGCUGCCCCAUACCGUACCCGAAGCGUGAGUUCCUCACCGACGAUGACCAGGAGGAUAAGUCGGACAACAAGCGACAACAGCAGCAGCAGCAACAGCAGCAACAACAGCAACAGCAGCAGCAACAACAGCAGCAGCAGCAGCAGCAGAUGAAUCCCAACGAGCCGAAUGCCAAGCGUGUGCGUCUGUCCGGUGCUGGCAACCAGCAGGAUUUCCACCACCAGCAGCAGCAACAGCAGCAGCAGCAGCAACAACAGCAGCAGCAACAACAACAGCAGCAACAACAAAUGAUGUUCAAUCAGCAGCAGAAUUUCCAGCAGCGCUUCAACUGAGAGACUGAACAGCGACAAAAGCAUUUCUUUCUACAACUAUUUUGACUAGCUUCUAAGUAAUUUAAUAUCUUUAGUGUAUAACAAAUAGAGAGAGAAAGA